AUGUCGAGCUCUUCGCAGGAAGUAGAGUCGCUACAAAAUCAAAAGCCAUCGGGAAGCCCACCGAGUGGAUCUUCUUUAAGUGACGUCGCGCCUGAAGGUGAGCCAACAUGCUUCGAGGGUAAAAAUCAUGCUGGCGGUAGACUGGAUGCCGGCGAUGGUGCAUCGAUAACUUCAGCCACGCAGUCAAUGGUUGCUGCAAAUAGAAUGCUUUCUCGUAUUUUAACCGGAUCAUGUAACGAAGUGGAAAAGGUAGCGGUCGAUUACAGCAAUUGUCCCAAGAUGGGAGGCGGUAGGCCGUACCCACCUGCGUUGCCAGAUAGCGGUAUAUAUGAGGUUACUUUUGAUGGCCCAGAUGAUCCUCUUCAUCCUUUCAAUUGGCCAAUGAAGACUAGAGCUAUUCUUGCUGCGCUUCUAGGUUUGAACUGUCUGUCGAUCACGAUGUCAUCGUCGAUGUUUGCAUCUGGGAUUCAGCAGAUAUGUGCCAUUUACCAUGUGAUUCCCGUCGUGGGAAUUCUUGGUGUCUCGCUGUUCGUGUUGGGUUUCGCUGCUUCGCCUGUCGUGUAUGCACCACUUUCUGAAAUUUACGGUAGAAGAGGCGUUCUGGUCAUUUCGUCGUUUGGAUUCACGCUGUUUCAUUUUGCGGUUGCCACCGCCAAGGAUCUUCAAACCAUUAUGAUCUGUAGAUUUUUCGCCGGUUUCAUUGGUGCAGCCCCAAUGGCGGUCGUGCCCGGUGCAUUCGCCGACAUGUUUGAUACUUCCGCCAGAGGCAAAUCUAUUUGUCUCUUCGCUCUUGGUGUCUUUGUAGGACCGAUCCUCGGACCUGUCAUCGGGUCCUAUAUGGUCCAGCACACCACUUGGAGGUGGUUGGAAUAUGUUAUGGGUAUCUUCGCUGGCGUUGUCGCUGUUCUGAUCGCUUUGUUCUUCAAGGAAACGCAUCAUCCAACCAUUCUGGUCAACAAGGCUCGCGCUAUGCGUAAGUUGACCAACAACUGGGGUAUCCACGCUGCUCACGAAAAUGUCGAAUUAUCCAUCAAGGAAAUCGCACAGAAAACGGUCACAAGACCAAUCGUUAUGCUCUGCACUGAACCGGUGCUUCUUUUUGUUUCAGUUUACCAGUCUUUCGUCUAUGGCAUCCUAUAUCUGUUGCUAGAAGCGUAUCCAAUCAUAUUUGUCAGAGGCUACGGGUUCGAUAAAAAUGGCGAAUUACCUUAUAUCGCGCUGAUCAUCGGGAUGUUCUUGUGUGGCGGAUUAAUCUGGUACUGCGAAAUCGAUUAUCUCAAAAGGGUUAAGAAGAAGGGCGGUUUGGUUCCCGAAGCGAGAUUGAUUCCGAUGAUCGUCUCAAGUGUUAUCUUCCCAAUCGGCAUCUUGUGGCUUUGUUGGACCGGUAACUAUCCUCACAAAGUUCAUUUCAUGGUACCCACUGUGGCGGGAGGCUUCGUUGGUUUCGGUUUGCUCGGCAUUUUUCUGCCCUGUUUGAACUACAUCAUCGAAUCCUAUCUAUUGCUAGCCGCAUCGGCAGUCGCUGCAAACACCUUCAUGAGAUCUGCGUUUGGGGCUUGCUUCCCGCUUUUUGCAGCUUACAUGUUUGAUGGAAUGGGCACUAAUUGGGCUGGUUUACUAUUAGGUUUAUUCGCGGCCGCCUUGAUUCCAGUGCCACUUAUCCUAGUAAAAUAUGGCAAGCGGAUCAGGCAGAAAUCCAAAUAUGCAUACUCUGGAUAA